AUCCAGUAGGAACACUGUCCUAAUCCCCUUCUGCCCUCUCCUUUGUAAACACUCUGCUUCGUCCGCUUCACCGAUGCUUCUUCCUUCCUUUUGCAGCCAUGAUGCGUUUCAGAGCUGAGGGGGUGAGAAAAGAGCGGGAAGAGUGGAUGUCCUGUGAUCUAACGCAAACUGGGGUCUCGCAUGGCAAGUGAGGCCUGGUGGUUGGAGCAUGCCAUGUGUUAGCGUGCUGAGGCAGUGGGAGAUCCGGCCCACGUCUGUGCUGCGGGGGAUCAAACACGCCAGGGUCCUGAUGUGGCAGUGGAUACGGGGACUGGUCCGGGCCUGCCGGCACAGCGUGGGAUAUGAGCUCAACUACAAUGGGCCUGUCAGAGAGGAGCGGGAGAUUGUUUGCCUUGAGCCCAUGGGAUCAGAACGGAUGGAGAUGCGAAAGAGGCAGAUGUCGGUGCAGCAGGAGUCGGCAGCGGGGGGAACUGCACCGGCCCAGCAGGACCAGCCGGGCCAGGCCAACCCACGGGGCUCAAAUGCGUGCUGCUUCUGUUGGUGCUGCUGCUGUAGCUGCUCCUGGAAUGAAGACCGGGACGACCGGAACAGAAAAACAUCGUAUGACGUCAAAGAAGGGACCGCAGACUGUGAAGACUGUCCCAAGCCCACCCUGGAGGAGGUGCAUUCGUGGGGGCAGUCGUUUGAUAAGCUCAUGGGCUGCCCGGCCGGGAGGAACUGCUUCCGACAGUUUCUUCGCACCGAGUUCAGCGAGGAGAACAUGCUCUUCUGGCUAGCCUGCGAGGAGUUCAGCAAAGAGACGAAUAAGAGCAUGAUCGAGGAGAAGGCUCGGGUCAUCUAUGAGGAUUACAUCUCCAUUCUGUCGCCAAAAGAGGUCAGCCUCGACUCGCGUGUGCGUGAGACCAUCAACCGGAACAUGGUGGAGCCCACCUCGCACACGUUCGAGGACGCCCAGCUGCAGAUCUAUACGUUAAUGCAAAGAGACUCGUACCCCCGCUACCUGAACUCCUCAGCACACAAAAACCUGCUCAACUCCCUGUCAGAGCAGUCCCCCGAAUCUUAGGGCGGUGACGACACCACCUUUUGACGGUACCCCCCCCCCUCCCCUUCCCCAAAAUCCGCAUCCCUUUUUUAAAAGAUGUUUUCCUUUGUAUGUUCAGUGUAGGGUUAGACGGGGCGUGGGCCUCGGGGCCCGGCCCCUCCCAGGGAUCUCAGAGCUGUUGUGAUCUGCACCUGACCGAAGACACUCAGGUCUUAAAAUCUCCCGAGGGCUCAACAUCACAAGUACUGCUUCAGAUCAACAAAGCAAAACUCUCCAAAGGAAAAUGAAAACGCGUCGUUUCAGUUUUCUUUCUUUUGAUAGAAAUACUCUAUUUUAUUUGUGUUUACUUUUUUAUGGUCUGUUGGUUUUUUUUGUA